AUGGACAUCACCGACACCGUCGCGCUCAAGACUAACCACCCGGACGUGAACGGGGUCUUCGUCAGCGUGGGGGAGGGCGACGCCAACGACGUGAUGGAGCCGGGGUACCUCUCGAACCUCGUCACGGACAGCUACGUCAUCGGGUUCAGCCUCAUGAACAAGGAGUCCAACUGGUCGCUCGACAGGGCCGGGCACGGGGAGUCGGUCGGGUACAAGGACGUGUCCAUCGUGGGCUUGAUCGACGGCUGGGUGGCCCUGGACAUCGUCGUGACCGACGCCCUGGUCUUGUUGCCGUCCGAGAACAUUAUCAGCCACACGACGACCUACGUGCGCAUCGGCCUGCCCAUGAGCGCCUUCAGCAAGAUGUACGCGGCGCUGAACAUGUGCGGGCGCGUAGGCGAGAUCAGGGACGGGAUCUGCUGGCUGAAUAUGGACACGAACGGGGGCGUGUUGAAGGACAUACCCAGGACCAAGUUCAUCUACACGGCCAAGUCCGGGGACGACCUGAUCAUAAGGACCGCGUGCGGGGUCGGCGGCAUGACCAAGGUCAUCGGUAGGGGCGAGGCCUCGUGCCUGGUCUCGUUCAGGGUCAGGGUCAAGUACGCCACGGUCAAUAUAAACCCGGCCGUGACGACGCUGAUCGUGACCGCGGACAAAAUCGUGUACACCGUGAGGACCAGCGCGCUGACCACGCGCACGGCCCCGCACCCGGAGAUGUGCAAGAGGCUGAUCAAGGCCUGCGUCAUCUGCAAGGGCAUGACGCCGGUGCUGGUCGCGUGCAAGGAGUACGACCCGAAUAGGUACCCGAACACGCCCGUCAACGUGUGGCUGCACAACCACGCUAAGAGCAACAGGAACAACGUCAGGAACAGCCUCAAGUUCACGUUCUGCGACACGUGCAAGGGCAUGAACACGGUCACGACCCAGCCCGAGUGCGACAACCACUAUAAGGACGUCGUCCAGUACAUCAUCCACGUCGUGAGGGUCUCGUACCUGGGCGUGACCGAGGUGAGGAACAAGACCGGGCACGGCAUCAUCUUCUUGGACGGCGACAUAUCGGCACCGGGAUCACCAAUACCGUCAGGAUCGAGAGGAAGAUCGGGAUCGGCUCCGACUCUCGGACAGCAUCCUGACGACGAACGUCAUGAGCCACCCGGUGAUGAGCAUGAGGGUCAACGCGAUGGUGCAGUAGAACGGGGCGAGCACGACGAUGACGACCAUCAUGACGUUCGCGACCACGUGCACGGUCACGACCAACUACAGGCACAUGACGGCCACGACGACAGCGGUGAUGGUGACGAUGGUGGUGGUGCAGAUGGACGCGAACAUCGGCAGGAGCGUGGCGCUGGAGGUGGACCUGACGAAGACCAUCUCGAUCACCGUCGAGAUGUGCGUGGGCAUGAACUCGCGGAGGAUGAGGUUCACGUUGCCGCCGAGGAACAUGCGGCUGCAGUUGAUGAGCCACGGGAUGAUGAACUUGUCGGUGAACAGGACCGUGCUGGUGAACGUGCCCAGCCCCGCGUGGGUGCUCGGGGACAUGGACGCGCCCGUGGCGUUGUCCGUCAACGUGGGGGUGGACGGGCCCCUGGACAUGUUGGUCGCCAUCAACAGCGUCCUCACUCCGAGCUGAAGCGCAUUCCGACCAGCGGCAACCUCAGGGGCGCCACCAGCGGCAGGAAGACGUCGACCAUCACGACGAAGUAG